UCAAGAAGGCAUUGCCAUCGAAUUGUCAGUUGUCACUAAUCUUGUCAGUGAAUUGAAAAUAUUUUUUUAUUCUAAAAAAAUACAAGCUGAUUAUAUUAUUUUCUAAUAAGCAAGUAAUUAAAUAAUAGAAUGUAUAUUUUUUAUUGAUAAUCAUUCAAAAAUCAUGGUCUUCACUUUUAUUUUGUAGUUGUCUUUGUUAUUGAAUUUGAAUAUGACGUCCCUAUUUGACCAGUAUGAACAAGAAUCUCAGCGGUCAAGAGAUCCAGUGGCUCUUCCCUCUUCAUCAGAUAUGGGCGUAGGCAUGGGCUACAUAGACAUGACCGUAGCGGACGAUGUGCCGAUCUUCGCCAAGCAGACGGUGAACUUCAAGCCGACGCACCGCGUCACGCACCUGGCCGUCAACAAUGAAGUGCUGGUGAUCACUAUGGCCAACAACCAGUUGCUCAGAAUCAACUUCCAGAAGUCGGCUCACUCUGGGCAGAAGGCCGGGCAGGGGCCGCAGGUUGAAGAGAUCACCAUUCCAAGCAGCAGUCAAUACUUGAAGCUGAUUGGCCUAUAUCUGGACCCGACCGGUAGUCAUGUGUUGCUCAGUAUGGCACGGCGCGGUGAUCAGUCCACCACUUCUGAACUGCUCUAUCUCAGCGCCAACUCUAACAAGAUCAAACAGACGAGCAAGCUGCGUGCACACGAGGUGACAGCGGUGGCGUGGAACGAGGCGUGUGAACCGGGCGAGCCGACCACUCGACCCAUUCUGCUGGGCACCUCGCGAGGCGUCAUACUCGAGACAACGCUCUCAGCUGACUCGGACCGCAAAUUCCAAGGCUCUGUUGAACAGUACUGCAGCCAGUUAUUCGACGUGGGCAAAGGCAGCCACUGUCCCAUCACAGGCAUAUCGUUCAACAGAAUCACAGGCACCGAUAAAUACUUGAUUCUAGUUGUGACGUGGUCGCGACUCUACCAGUUUGUCGGCUCUGUGGCCAAUGCUGACGAGCCAAUGAGAGCGCUCGCUCUGCAACACAUAUUCAACGUCUAUCUGUCCAUUCCAGAAACCUAUAUUGAAAUGACGAGUAACAAGAAUGCCUGCCUGCAGAUGUAUUAUUCCAAACCAAAGACAAUGCCGAAACACUUUGGCUGGCUGGUUGAUGAUGGCCUCUUCAUUGGACAAAUCGAUGCAGAGCAGAAGACGAGUGGUGAAGAAGAGCAGCAGCGUGUUGGCGUGAUGAGUGGCCAAGACGUGGUGCGAUAUCCGACUGGAGGAGGUGUACCUCAGGCAUUUGUGUUGACCGAAUUCCACGCACUGCUGCUCUACGCCGACCAUGUGACCGGCAUAUCCACGCUCAACCAGGCCACCGUUUUCGACGACUUCUACAAUGAGAGCCAUGGCAAAUUGGUGAAUAUAGCCAAGGACUCAGUGAAAGGCACCAUAUGGGUGAUAGCUGAACGCGCCAUAUUCAAGUACAGGGUCACAAGGGAGGAACGCAAUGUUUGGCAGAUUCACAUGGAAAAAGGAGACUACAAUAAGGCCAAGUCGUAUUGUGCCGAUAAUCCACUUCACAUGGACAUCAUCCUAGUCAAACAAGCUGAUGAAUUAUUCCAAACUGAACAAUAUGAGCAGAGCGCCCUGCUCUAUGCAGAAACACAAUCCUCGUUCGAAGAAGUCGCUCUCAAAUUUCUCCAAGUCUGGCAAAUUGAAGCUUUGAAAAUAUUCUUGAAAAAGAAACUGGAGAUGCUGAAGCCGAGUGAGAAGACUCAGAUCACAAUGAUAGUGAUGUGGGUGGUGGAGCUGCACCUGAAUCAGCUGGGCAACCUCAGGAAUGAGGGCAAGGAGCACUCCACCCAAUUCAGGGCCGUUCAGGACGACCUUGAUGCUUUCCUGCAGUUGCCUGUCGUUUCUGAUAGUGUGAAGAAUAACCGUGGUGCUGUCUAUGAUUUGAUGUCUAGUCAUGAUGAUAAGCAUAAUCUCAUUCGGCUGACAAUCGCAAAUAAGGACUUUGAAAGAGUUAUAAGACUUCACAUCAACAAGGGCGAAUUUAUCAAAGCUCUGGAAAUUCUGAAAAGUCAAAACCUGAGAGACCUGUACUACACGUUUACACCAGCCUUGCUGCCAGCCAUCCCCAGACCGACAGUCAGUGCUCUAAUUGAACAAGGCAGACAUCUCAAUCCAUCAAAGCUGCUGCCCGCUCUAAUCACCACACAAACCGACCAAACCACUAUAAAUGAGAUAAUUCGCUACCUGGAGUUCUGUGUGGGCCAAAUCAAUUGCCAAGAGCAGGCUGUGCAUAACUAUCUGCUGUCACUCUAUGUGAAGCACAAACCUGAUCGGCUCAUGCGAUAUCUGGCUAUGCAAGGGCAAGAAGCAAGCAUGGUGAACUACGAUGUGCGCUACGCGCUGCGACUGUGCCGCGAACAGGGAGGCUGCACCGAGGCAUGCGUCCAGUUGUCCGCCCUACUCGGCCUGUGGGAGGCAGCCGUCGAUCUGGCCCUAUCAGUGAGCGUCGACCUGGCUCAGCAGACUGUCGCCAUGGCCGUGGCUCGAACUGACACCACCAAGAAGUUGUGGCUCAAAAUCGCCCAGCAUGUAGUGAGGGAGAAGAACGAUAUCCAGCAAGCAAUGCAGUUUCUGCAACGUUGCGAGCUGCUCAAGAUUGAAGACAUUCUGCCAUUUUUCUCCGAUUUUGUUACCAUUGAUCAUUUCAAGGAUGCCAUUUGCUCGUCUCUUCAGGAGUACAAUCAACACAUACAAGAUUUGAAAGACGAAAUUGAAGACACCACCAAGUCGGCCGAAGUUCUCAGGAAGGAAAUACAAGAGUUUCGCAAAAGGUACGACAUAAUAGAGCCGUCGGACACAUGUAGCUCAUGCGGCAUUCAGCUGCUGAUGCGGCCCUUCUACUUCUUUCCCUGCUCACACCGCUUCCACGGAGACUGUCUUGUCACCGAAUUGGACAGCCUGCUGCCCGACACGCAACGUCACCGACUACUCGAAUUGCAGAAACAGUUGCAGUCAGUGGGGGCAGGUGGUGGUGGGGGUGGGGGCGUGGCUAGUGAUGCUGUGUCUACGGGUUCGGCCAAUCGCAGUCUGUCUCUGCGCGAUCAGCUCAAGAGUGAGAUAGACGCCAUCGUUGCAUCCGAGUGCCUCUACUGCGGCGACCUCAUCAUCCAGAAUAUUGAUUCCCCAUUCAUUGAAGACAAGGACUACGAAAGAAUUCGGAGGGAAUGGGAAUGAGCAAUUCAGACAAAACUAUGGCCCUUGCCCCUGUCUACAACUCACCAUGUUUCCGGUUAGCAUUCAACUUGAAACAAUUCAAAACACCGGAAGUGCUUCUCUUCUUCUGCUCCUCCUCCACAUCAAGGUCAUCUAACAAUCGUGGAAAUGGUGAUAAAAAUGGAACAUCUGAUAUUCCUGAUCCUCCCACCAACUGCUGUAUGUCGGGCUGUGCCAAUUGCGUCUAUUUAGAGUAUGCCGAGCAGUUGACGAAAAUUUUCAAAGAUUCUGGCGAAAAAUCCCGUGAAAUGAUAUUGUCGAAAAUCAGUGAUCCGAAUAUGCGAGCUUUUUUGCGCACUGAGUUGUCCAUUAAGGCUAAGCAUAAAGGCAAGCAUGAUAAGUGAACUUAUCAAUAUUUAGGCCCGUAUUUACCACUUGGUGCUAAAAUAUUUCUAAAGCUUUCUAUACAAAUUAUAUAAUUAGACUAUUAUCAGAAAAAUGUAUAUUACUACAGUGAAAUAAUGUUGUAAACUAGUAAUUAAGGGCCAGUUUCCGAGCUAGAGAUUUGGCUAAGUUCUAGACUUUACUAACAGCUGGAGUAAGAAAAUUGGCUUUCCGAAACGGGGCUUAGUCGUUGUCAAAGUCACGUUUGAAUUAAAUUUCAAAAAACUAGAAAAUUAAACACAAAAUUAAAUUAAGAGAAAAUAGUGUUAAGUUUCAGCUAUUUUGAAUUAUUUAGAAAUGUUUAAUUUCAUCAAGGAAAAACUUUCCAAUAUUAUAGAAAUGAGAAAAUAAAAACUGCGACUACGCCCCGUUUUGGAAAGCUAAUUUUCUGAUUCCAGCUGUUUAAAGUCUAGAACUUGGCCAAAUCCCGAGCUCGGAAGCCGGCCUAUAAAAAUGUGUUAUAUUCAUGUAUGCCAGUAUAUCAGACAAUAGCGUACAACUCUUCCUAUUUGAAUGUGGAUUUCUCAUGUUAAUUAUUCACUCAAUAGUCCACUAAUCUUUUUGUUAUUGAUGAGUAAUAUUGAGAAUUUGUUUUUGUAUAAAAAUGUGGAAAUCAAUAUUAUUUAUUUGAUGUAAAAUGUAAAUAGUGUAAACAAUUAAGUAUGCAAUAGUUUAUUAAGUGGUAUAACCGUGUUAAUACAUUAUGUAUAUGAAUAUA